AUGGAGAAAGGCCCCCUCAAAAGCAAAAAUGUGAAAGGAUACAGCCCCAAGGCCAAGGCGUUUGCACAUAACUUGAACAAAAUGAAGCAGACUAAACUCACUGUGGGCAGCCUGGGACUGGGCCUGAUCAUCAUCCAGAAUGGGCCCUACCUCCAGAUUAGCCACCUCAUCAACAAAGGGGCUGCAGCCAGUGACGGAACACUCCAGCCAGGUGAUGUUCUGUUUAGUGUUGGACAUGCCAAUGUGUUAGGAUAUACACUCCGUGAAUUUUUAAAGCUUUUGCAAAAUAUCACCAUAGGAACAGUGCUGCAAAUCAAGGUUUACCGCAACUUUAUUGACAUACCCCAGGAAUGGCAAGAUGUAUAUGAUUUACUCCCCGAGACUAAAUUUCCAAUCCCACACACACCAAAGAAAACAACGCAGACAAAAGAUGAGUCUUUUGUAAGCACUGAUGACCAUGAAGAUGCAGUUUUAGAUAAAAGACUUAAGUAUUACAGAUCUCCUCGGUCAGUCUGGAAUCACCCUGUAAGGACACCAGUAUCAAUCUCCACAGAAUGGCAUGGAUAUAAAAAGAAGGACCAUACUAUUAGUGUUGGGAAAGAUGUUAACUACGGUGUAGUAAUUCACAAAGAUGACAAAGAACUGAGGACCCCUUCUCCAUACUGGACAAUGGCAGAGCAAGACAAGGCCAUCUCCUCCUCUUCUUCCACUGAGACUUCCUCCAACUCAGAUGUCUUUUGCCUGGAGGACUAUGCACAGGUUGAGGAGGGCAAAGGUCAACAGGUAUCAAAGUCUGGUUAGAUACUGGUUUGCAAAUCUGUGGCCACAGGACUUUUUAUUUUUAAAUAUCCAAUUUUUAAUGCCUUCCCAUGUGCAGGUCUAUAGAUUUCCUACAUGACCUACCAGCUCUUCUAUGACUGCAAAAAAACCCUUCACAGACCUUCUUCCAUUAACAGCUGAGGACUUCCCUGUGGUCUAACAGGCUCCACAGAGCUAUUCUUAGAAUCAUAUCAUUCACUCAGCUUGUACAACAUCAAGCAGAAGAACCCAAUCAUCAGAAUGGCUGAACACUUGUCCUAUAAGGUAAAGUUUUCUUUGCAUUUUUUGGGCUGGCUGUUUACAUUACAACCCCUGCCCCUACCCUUUCAGUGACACUUUUACUUGUAAUGUCAGGUUGAGAGUUAU